UUUCAUUUAUGGCAACGCGCGGAGAUGUGCCUCUACAGAGGACCCACACUGUAUUCUCCCCGCCCUCCCGGCUUUCUCUUCCGCUCUUAUGUAGACGCCCAAGAAGGAGGCACGAGAUGCUGCCCAAAUGCCAAGAUCCGCGCCAUCCUCCGAACCCCAACGCUAACCACAGUCCGAAUCUCGACCUUCCCUCCUCCUUCCCUCCAAAUGCGCCACCGGUUGCCGCCGGAACGAUGGCGAUGUUCCAGAGCGCCGGCACGACGCCACCGCCGCGCGGGGCGCACCACCGGCGGGCCAGAUCCGAGAUGGCGUUCCGGAUCACAGACGACAUUGACCUCAGCUCCGGGGACCCGCUGGCGGGAGGGGGCUUCGACGAGAUCGGGUCGGAGGACGACCUCUUCUCCACGUUCAUGGACAUCGAGAAGAUCGGUUGCAGGCCGGAGGGGAGUGGAUCCGGGUCGGAGGGUGGGGUGUUCGGGGAUCCGGCCACGGAGAGCUAUAAAGGAGGGGAGGAUCGGAAGAUCGACAAUGCCACCGGAGCGGCCGCGGCCGUCAGGCCCAAGCAUCGGCAUAGUAACUCGAUUGAUGGGUCGUCGAUGAUGUCAUCGGGGACUACGAGGGGGGAAGGAGUGUUUGGGGAUGUGGAGGCGAAGAAGGCCAUGACGGCCGAGCAGCUGGCCGAGCUGGCUGCAAUCGAUCCUAAGCGGGCUAAAAGAAUUCUUGCUAAUAGACAGUCAGCAGCUCGCUCUAAAGAACGAAAAGCUCGUUAUAUUUCAGAACUGGAGCGGAAAGUCCAGACUCUUCAAACUGAAGCUACAACUCUCUCUGCACAGCUUACUCUUUUCCAGAGAGAUACAACAGGGCUGUCUGCAGAGAAUGCAGAGCUCAAGUUACGGUUACAAGCUAUGGAACAACAGGCUCAAUUGCGUGAUGCACUGAAUGAGGCAUUAAGGCAAGAAGUUGAGAGGCUCAGGAUUGCAACGGGCGAAAUAUCAAAUCCUGGUGAGACCUUUAAUAUGGGACUACAACAUGUUCCCUAUAACCCUUCGUUUUACACCCUUCCCCAACAACAGCCAGUCCAUCACCAAGGCAUUCAAUUGCAACCCCAAUUCCACCAGUCCCAACCGAAUGUCUCAAAUCACCAGUUUGCGCACUCCAAUGCCCUUCCAGAUAUGAUGCAACAAGACCCCCUUGGACGGCUACAGGGAUUGGAUAUCAGCAAGGGUUCUCUUAUUGUUAAAACAGAGAGUUCCUCUAUUUCUGCGAGUGAAAGCAGCAGCACCUUCUAACCAGGCCUACCCAAUAAGCAAGCAUUUAUUAGAUUUUUGUUCAUAGGCUGACAUCCUUGAGUUGCAUCUGCUUUGCUUGUUCUAUUUUUUAUUCCAUUCGUUCAAUUAAUUGGAAAUUGUUUGUUUUAAAUCCGGGAUCGUAAGCUUCUUCCCCUUCUUCGACAAAAAACCCUGAAUUUGGUGUAUUAUUGAUGAGUUCUUGCAAUUUCUGUUUGUUGGAAUUCAUGUUUUGAGCGUUGUAUUGUUGGGAACAAGAGGGUCUGAGAGUUGUCACCCAUAAUUUAUGUAACUGUUAUAUUUUGAAGA